UGUCAUUUAAUGUACUACUGCUAUAUUCUUUGUUUAUGUUCUGCUAUGUAAUGUGUGUAUGUUUGAUGGCACCCAACAUCGGCAUUGCUGCCUGGCAUACUAGUAAAUGCAGAAACUUUUGCGGUGGUUUGACGUUCGCGGUCCUUUUUCCGGCCACCGCGAAAUUAAUUCCUCGCGUACUUAAAUACAUUUACAGUACCCUCUGUAGUGCCUUGUUGUAAUUUCAAUAAAGUAAAGCAAAAGAAAUUUCAUUUAAGUUUUGAUGCCUAUGAACAAGUCAAAUAGUUAACAUUCUUUCUUCAUAUAACACUACUGUAGUACUAGUACCAGUGUUUUUCCCAUUGUGAACUUUUGCACAGUUGUCAUUAUGUUAAAGUUGACAAUGUCAGACCUAGCUCUCCUAUAUUCCUGUAUUUCUAACCAUGUUGUGUGUUUGUCCACCCCGUCCUCGCAUGCUUCCAUGGAUUUAGUGUUCUAUUUUUUCAAAGCAAGGCGGAGAGCCAUGUCGUCCGAGAACGUCAACGCUAGCGGAGACUCGCCGUCGGUCGGGAGGGGGAGGGGCAGGGGGGUGUACAAGGGUCCCCGGGGUGGGGGGGCCGUGGGGUUCCUGGACAGGAGGACCAACUCCUCCCCCUCCGUGAACUCACCUGACCCCGCCACAAGGGCUGAUGGGAAGACGGGAUCCCCAGAGAAGCCGCAGCUGAGAAGACCCUUCCCACAAACCAUCCGAGACCACAGCAUCAAGACUGAGGAUGACGUGGACAGCACAGACAGCAGAAGUACCGACACUGACGACACGUCUAUCAGCUCUGACAAGACCCUGGCAUCAUCUUCCAAACUGUCUGUCCACGCUGCUGAGUUUGUACCCAGAACUGUGGUACAGAGAAGGGGUUCCAACUCAGACAUCAAUGCCAUCGAGCACCUGAAAGCCACCAUUGUACAGCUAACGGACAACCCCGGAGAUUUCCACGAUCUGCUUGGCCCCCUCUCCGACACGCUGAACACGUGGAUUAGCGACGGGAACACGGUCCUGGAGAUCGUAGACACCAUCUAUGAACAGGCUUGUGAGCAGCCCAACUUUAGAUACACGGGAGCUGUGCUCUGCGACCACCUGUCCCACAACCUGACAGUGUCCAGCGAGACAGGGAACUUCCGGCAGCACCUGCUGAAGCGAUGUCACGUGGAGUUUGAACAGCGUGAAGAGGCGGUAAAAGAUCGCACCAGACUACACAGGCUGGAGAGAUACACACUCUUCAUGGCAGAACUCUUCCUGGCACUUCAGAUCCAUGUUAACGGUAAGCAGCAGCGUAUGGUUAUCCUGAGGAAGGCCCUGAGAGACCUCAUCAACACACUUCUGGACCAUCCUUCUGAUAGCACACUGAGAUGUGCUGCCCAGGCUCUAAAGCUGACUGGAGGUGCCUUUGAAGACUACUUGGACCUGAAGGAGGAGAAUGUGGAGGAGAGUAAGAAGGAAAUGGACGAGAUUUUCUCCAAACUUAAGAAAAGUGCUGCUGAAAGGAGAAGUGACAUUAGCAAAAACGUGCUGCUGCUAGUAGUAACGGUUGUGGAGCUGCGAGCCAAAAACUGGAACAAGGAGGAGUCAGCCCCCGCAGCUGAGGCCUCCCUACCCUCCCAUCUGCAAACUCUAGAACCUGUCUACUUUGGGAAGGAUGGCAGGCCCAUUGGUCCCACUGACACAGCCUUCUGGGAAGGUGCAGCAGCAGAGGACUACUAUGGAGACUAUGGUGACUACGGAGACUACUACCCAGCUGAUGGGGAGGAGGAGUACUAUGAUGGGGCAUACCCUCCAUUUGAGCUUGAGGAUGGAACUGAGAUGGAUGAAGAAGCAGCCAUGGCCUUUGAAGACUUCCUCCGAGACAGUGAACAGAUAUAACUCAAGUUACUGACUAAGGUCCACCAACAAAAACACUUAUCAAACUUAGACAAUGCCAUUGUCAUGACUUACUUGUAGAUAUGUCAUCUUGAAGAGACCGAAAAGUAGAAUCAGGAAAGAGAAUAUUCUUUGAAAAGUCAAAGAAUAAAGAUAUACAAAGUUUUGGUCAACAUGUCCGUAGAUUUCUCGUUUAUAUAUUUGCUAGAAAAUAUAUAUUUUACAAUGUCACAGUUUGAUACAGUUAGCUGACGUACCUUGACAUGUUUUUGUUUAUUUGUAGUGUUUUUCAAGGACAGAAUAAAGGGACAUAUCUACCGGUUAGGUCAUGAAAUGGUAGUGAUCUUACAAAAGUUGAGAACCUCCAGCAUAGUUCAAUUGUAAAGAAGAAAGAAGAAAACUGAGCUCUUGUUUUAUGAAGUAUAUUCUAGUCAUAUUGAUGAUGACUAAGAGUGUUAUAUAGCUUUAAGAACCUGCUUUUUCUUAAGAAGUCUAAGAAAUAAUCUGCUUUUGCCAUUCCCAUCAUUAUCAUGCAAGCUUACAUAUGUAGUACAUAAUCUAUCUUCAAAUACAAUUCAAUCUCUACUACUAAACAAAAAAUGGAGAAUUACUUGCAGACAUUUCAAGUGACAUUCAUCACUCUUCUUCAGUGUCACUAGAAUGAACUGACAAAACAUUUCAGUACUUCAAAGACAAGCAGAGGAACAUGUCAAAGAUACAGUCUUUAUGAGUGUAGUGACUUUGACAUGCUCAGCUGUUUUUUUCCAGGUAGGUGUAUUGAAUUCUUCAGCCAGUUUAUUCCAGUGACACUGAAGUUGAAUGAUGGCUGUCACUUGAAACCUCCAGAUGCAAUUCUCCGUUUUUUUAUCCAGUUGUAGGGAUGGAAUUACAUUUGAGUAUUGUUUACCUGGAUGUCUAUUCAUAAAUGUACAUUGUAUCUUGUUUGGUCAACAUGUUCUACUUAGACUAGAGUGUGCUUUGUAUGCCACACUAGCAAUGGUACUAAUUUCUACAUUUCAACAAGCAUUAUGGAAUUUGGUUUGGUUGUUAUAAAAAAAAAAGAUAGAGAUGAAGCAAAACAAAACUAAGAGAAGGCAGUAAGUAAAAUAGAAAUUGGCAUGGAUAAGUUCACUAAAGAAGGAUAGACAGCCUAAAAGAAAUUUGAUUUCACGUUACGACAAAAUGCAAUGUUUAAGUAGUGAGAUGAAGAAAACUGAAAUCUUGGAAAGAAGAAAGGGAGGAAGUGUUGAAAGAGAUAUGUGAGGAUUGUAUAUGAGCUAAUCGCUAAGGAGUAAUAGCACCAUAUAUGGAGGCACUUUUCUUUCCCAUGCUGUGGAUGAUGCUAUUGUUGUCCCUGUCACUGUGUAGAUUAGAACCGAUUGUACUUCAAUCAAGAUCAAACUUAACUCAGGUUGUAUAAAGCAAAUGUGUGUGCUUAAAACAUUCUCUAUCCAUGUGUAUGUUGCCAGUAGGCACAGCUCAAGCAUUACUUUUGACUAGAGUUAGUUGAGUCUGUUCUUGAAAGUGAACUGUACUAUGCUGGAAUAAAUGCGUUCACAUCAAUAUAAAUGUUCUUUAGAUUUCAUGUAGAAAGGUGCUAUGUUGCACCCUUGUAGCUUAGGCAAUUAGUAUUCUGUUUUUAUUUUGUUGUUGUUGUUGUGUUUUCCUUAAGUUUCUCACAACAGAGUUGGAGCAUCAGCCACAAUAUCAUGAUAAUUAUGCAGAACAAAGAAAUGAACCUCCCAGCAAAUUGACAGCUACGUGUGGAAUAUAUUCAGUAUUGUUCCUUCAAAAAUAUGAUAAAAUCAAGAACAACAUGUUUUCUGUUUUUGUUCCUUAGUUGAUUAACAAUUGUGUUCUUGUCAAUGUUUUGUAUAUAUAUAUGUUUGCAGAUGGCUAUUUCUCACAGUUGUUAUAUCGUUGAUGUUUCUUGCACAUAAUAAAAAGAGAAAAGGCUGUACUUAA